AUGAUCGACUUGGUGCUGGAGGUUGUGCAACCUUCUUUAAGUCCUGGCUCAAAUCUCAGAGAAGGCAUGCAUGUUUGUAUAUUCUCCUCAUCCUAUUCCAUCGGUGAAGUUCUGCCUGGCUGUUAUCCACCUAAUUGCAAAGCCAAAUCUCCUAUUCCAGAGCGCUCCAGCAAAGGUUGCCUGCAUUGUGUGGUAUGCGGAGACACAUCCAGUGGUAAACACUAUGGCGUUCUGGCCUGCAAUGGCUGUAGCGGCUUCUUCAAAAGGAGUGUGAGAAGGAAGCUUAUCUAUCGCUGCCAAGCUGCCAGCGGAGAUUGUCUCGUCGACAAAGCCCACCGGAACCAGUGCCAAGCUUGUAGAUUAAAGAAAUGCCUAGAAUGUGGGAUGAAUAAAGACGCAGUACAAAAUGAGCGUCAACCAAGGAACACAGCAACUGUUCGACUUGAAUGCUCAUUUAAUGCUUCUUCCAGAGCCAACCCUAGAGCCAGUGUUUUAAGCAGCGAUUCUGGAUCAAAAGAUGUCACGGUGGGAGUGUUUUCGCCCUUCUUCCCAGCUGUACAUAAAUCAGAAGCUUCCAAUUUUAAAAUAGAUAUCUCUAAAUGCCAAACUCUAACGGAAAAUGAAGACCCUGUGCAAACAGAUACUGCGAAUAAAAAUGAAACGCUAUACGUAGAUGUUGGACAUCUGCAAAAUACAGCUGGUGUUUUACUUCUCGAAGAACGAUCCGAAUUUCUGUUCGACCCAUCGAAGGAACCCUUAUGCGAAACUGCAGCCCGAAUACUUCUUCUUAAUGUAAGAUGGGCGAGGAAUCUUCCAUCUUAUGCUUGCUUGUGCUUCAUGGACCAGAUAACACUACUUGAAGAGACAUGGUCCGAACUUUUCCUCUUGAGUGCUAUCCAGUGGGGCAUGCCUUUGGAAUCAAAUCCACUUUUUGACACUUCAAGCAUAAGCUUUCUUGCAAAAAGUUAUCCCGAUCUGAAAAAGUAUUUGCACAUUCUGGAGAAGACUUUUACUCGCUUCAAAGUGCUUGUGACUGAUCUGGCUGAAUUUGCUUGUCUCAAAGCCAUCAUCCUCUUCAAGCCUGAUGCAAAAUCUUUGAAAGAUCCUCAUCAAGUAGAAAUGCUUCAAGAUCAUGCCCAACUGAUGCUAGCACAUCAUAUAAAAUCACAGCAUUUUGACUUUACAUUCAGGUUUGGACGCCUGCUCCUGCUUUUACCGACCCUUCGACAGAUACCAUCCGAAAAAGUCGAGGCCAUAUUUUUCAGCAAAAUCAUAGGCUCGACACCCAUGGAAAAGCUUCUGGCUGAUAUGUUCAAGUGUUAAAAGCUCUGGAGAAAGAUUUCAAUCACUGCUGAAUUUGUAUACAAUUCUACUGAAGCAUGCUCUAAAUUUUUUCUCCGAUAAACGUCAAACAUCAUUGCUACU